CAGUCUCUUGGCCACACUGAAACUGAGAAGGGCUUAUGUGUUUUCACAGCAUCCAAAUGGUUAAAGAUGAAAUUCUUACCUUAGUUUACAACAGCUUGCCUAAAACAGAGCUAAGAUUGUAAUAAUCUGCUGCUAUAAAUUGAAGUUCUAGACCUGAAAGACUAGUGUUACAUACCACAACUCACUAGGUAAUUCCUGUAUUUUCAAUAUUUUGAUGUAUUCUCUUAUCUCAUUUGGAUGUCUCCCUAAAUACACUGAAGCCACGCAUGUUGUAAUGCUUAUCUGUAUUUUAGUGCUAAUGAGCCUCGGACUGUUAAGGUAACUUCUGGUUUGACAUAGGUGGCAAUGCUGCAGAGGACAAUGACCCAGAGAUGGAUGGGGAGGAUGGUGUGUCCUUUAUUAAUCCCAUUGGUACUUUAUACACUCCAGCACUUAAAGUGACAGAGGGGCAUGGAGAGGUGGAUAUUAGGCUGCAUCUUAACUGCAGUCACUGUGAGAUGGACGAGUGCCGUGUUGAUCUUGAGACUCAGAAAGUCAUUUGCUUUUGUGAGCCAGGCACAGACUUGGCUGAGGAUGGUGUGUCUUGCAUAGCUGAGCCAACAGUUCAUCUCCCUCUCUCCUUGGUUUUGUCAGUAGUGACCUCAGCAUUGGUUGCUGCCUUAAUUUUGGCUUUUUCAGGAAUCAUGAUAGUGUAUCGUCGGAAGCACCAGGAGCUACAAGCCAUGCAGAUGGAGUUACAGAGCCCAGAAUAUAAGCUGAGCAAACUGCGUACCUCCACUAUUAUGACAGACUACAAUCCCAACUACUGCUUUGCAGGAAAGACCACCUCCGUUAGUGACCUCAAAGAGGUGCCUCGCAAAAACAUCUCCCUCAUCCGGGGUUUGGGCCACGGAGCCUUUGGUGAGGUAUAUGAAGGUCAGGUGGCAGGGAUCCCCAGCGACCCCACUCCCUUGCAGGUGGCUGUGAAAACAUUGCCUGAAGUGUGUUCAGAGCAAGAUGAGCUGGACUUCCUCAUGGAAGCUCUCAUUAUUAGCAAGUUUAAUCACCAGAAUAUUGUGCGUUGUAUCGGAGUGAGCUUGCAGGCGCUGCCCCGUUUCAUCUUGCUAGAGCUCAUGGCUGGAGGUGACCUGAAAUCAUUCCUGAGGGAGACACGGCCCAGACCGAAUCAGCUUUCCUCCCUCUCCAUGCUGGACUUGCUCCACGUGGCUCAUGACAUUGCUUGUGGGUGUCAGUACCUGGAGGAGAAUCACUUCAUUCACAGGGAUAUUGCUGCUAGGAACUGCCUCCUUACCUGUCGAGGGCCUGGAAGAGUGGCUAAAAUUGGAGACUUUGGCAUGGCCCGGGAUAUAUACAGAGCCAGCUACUAUCGGAAGGGAGGGUGUGCAAUGCUGCCUGUCAAAUGGAUGCCUCCCGAGGCUUUCAUGGAAGGGAUAUUUACAUCAAAAACAGACACAUGGUCCUUUGGCGUAUUGCUGUGGGAGAUAUUCUCAUUGGGAUACAUGCCUUACCCUAGCAAAAGUAACCAGGAGGUUCUGGAAUUUGUAACCAACGGAGGAAGGAUGGAUCCACCUAAAAACUGCCCUGGCCCUGUAUACCGCAUUAUGACCCAGUGCUGGCAGCACCAGCCAGAAGACAGGCCAAACUUUGCCAUAAUCUUGGAGAGGAUCGAGUACUGCACUCAGGACCCAGAUGUCAUCAACACUGCUUUGCCAGUAGAAUAUGGCCCGUCGGUUGAAGAGGAAGAGAAGGUAGCGAUACGCCCAGAAGAUCCAGAAGCAAUUCCUCCUCUGUUGGUUUCCUCGCACCAAGACAGAAAGGAUGAGAAGCAAACCUUGCCAUCUCCACCACCCCUGCCAUCAGCCAUCACUGCAGGAAAAGCUCUAGGGAAAGCAGGAUCCUUGGAGUCAUCAGUCCCUGGGAAGGUGCAGGCAGCCUUGGGUGGGGGACAUAUCAACAUGGCCUAUGCCCAGUCCAACCCCCCUUCUGAGCUGCACAAAGGCCGAGGCUCCAGAAACAAGCCUACCAACCUCUGGAAUCCAACCUAUGGUUCCUGGUUUGCAGAGAAGCAGGCCAGCAAAAACAAACCUCUGCUGGAGAAAGAGAUGCCUGAGAGGGAGAACUUAGGACACGAAGGAAACUGUACUGUGGGGCCCAACAUAGUGACUGGCAGGCUACCAGGCUCCUCCCUGCUAUUAGAGCCAUCCUCCCUAACAGCAAGCGUUAAAGAAGUGCCUCUCUUUAGGCUCCGUCACUUCCCCUGUGGGAAUGUCAACUAUGGAUACCAACAGCAGGGCUUGCCUUUGGAAGCCUCCACUCCAUCUUGUGCUAGUGGUUAUGAGGACCCCACCCUUAGAAACAAGAGCCACAUAUCCCAGCAGGGGCCCUGAGAGCCCUCUACCCUCUUGACUUUCCCCCCUGUAGUCCCAAGCCUUGAAGAAAUAUCCUGUUACCCACUACACCACGAGCAAGUGAUGUGAGGCAUUACCUUCUAUUUGUGCCAGCUUGCUCUAGAAGUGCCACCUUCGAACCUGUAAUUUCAAAUAAUCCAAGAGGCUUCAAAUCACCAGAGCCCCAGUACGGUAAAAUAAGCAAGGAGUAGGGAGGGAGGGUACAGGAAACAAAUGUUAACUGCAAGGCCCAGCUUCCUGUUGCAUUAACUCAUCUGCAUGGUUGUUGUCAUGCCCUUCCUGUGAGCUUCUCUCAGUUCUGCGUUCUCUGCUUAAGCGUAAAGCCACGGCUCGCUGCCUUGGAUGUUUCAUGUCUGGGAUUUUCCAUGCCAAACUUAUGGUUGCUGAGGAACACUUGGAGAGCACCUGUAACUGGCAGAGGUCAGAACAGGUUUGAGGAAAGCGUCCUUUGUCCAAACUGAAAAAGGAGAUGACAACUUUGGAUGGUGAUGCAAUGGUACGUUCCCAAGUUCCAGCUACAGUCUUGUCUUUGAAAGUCCUUGAAUGCACAGCGGUUAUGGUGUCACUGGCAGGGCAAUAGGAAGACUGGUCACAUUACAUCACUUGCAAGAGACAGCAGGAAGCACAGAGGAUGGGUUCUGGCUUGGAGCAGGGGUGGUGUUUUUCUGUGUUUUUUUGUUGUUUGUUUUUUUUCUCCUGUACUUAAAUACUGAAACGGAGUAAAACCCAUAAAAUUCCUUCUGUUCUACAAAUGAAUGUCCUUCAUCACAAACUUGUGCGUGUCAAGUGCAACCAAAGUGAAGCUUUAAAGGACCGUGGUUAUGAGAGAAACUUUAACUGUGCCCUGAAGAUGGACUGCCACCUGCGUAGCUCAGACAUUUAAAGUAACCUUCAACGUACCCUGUACAAGCAAGAACAAGAUAAAGGCAGAAGAUGACAUCGUGCCACAAUCUAGAUACCAGAUACUGUCUGUAAUUGAAGGGCCGAGAGCCCUUGUUUCUUUAACAAAAUGUGUGUAUGAUAGUGGUUUAAAAACGAGCACUGCAUUGACUCAUUUUGUACACCUUGUGCAUGACAAAUAUUCCAGUAAGUGUACUGUCAAACCAUAGACGUAGGCAAUUAUUCAUGUGUAAAGCUAUGCGUUAGUAACUUCAACUUACGGUUGUAAGGAGCUGUUUUAGCAUCAGUGCAGUCUGAAAAGGGCGUGCCUAUCUCCAUAGAAAGGAGCCUCCUGAAGCAUCAGCAAAGGACUAUGGAGGUGUUCUUCAGUCCAAGAGAUUUCAGUGAAGUGAUUCUGAAUCUGGCCCUGGCUCCAAAAACCGAGUGGAAAAGCAGGAAGCAGUAUGAUCUCCAGGAUGUACAGCAUGAAUGGGAAAACCCUGCAUCACCACUCUCAUGCUCUGCAAAGCACUCAUUUCCCUGUGGAUGUUAUCAGUGUCCUAUAGACAUUAGGUAGGUUUUCUGAUCCAGUGCUAAUUUGUUAACUGCUGAAGGUCAAGUAGAUUGGGCUGUUUAUCUGCCUUUCUUGUUGUAUUUCCAUCUUUGGUUUUGCUACUGACCCUUGUUUCUCCAUCGUGCCUGGAAACGAAGCAAGGCAUGGAGGUGGUUCUGCUUCCAGAGGGGUGGAGGAUGGACUGGUGGUGGGAGAGGGUAUGCAGAGGUAUCUUAGGCUCCCCUCCAGGCAUGCUCACACCAGGUGAGAGGUCUGUGCUAGGCCAUGAAGGAUUGAACUGUGCAUGUUUGCUCCUCUUACUGAGCCUGUCUGCUUGGUGACAAGAACCUUGAUAUAGGUAUAGCAUAGAACUGUCUCUCACAGCUGCAAAGACAUCACAAAGUGUCUAUCCCAAAGUUAAACCUGUCAUGAGAACUGUCUGAACUGUCUGCAUCUGGCUUCUUUUAGUAACAGAGCUUCAUUAGAGGAAUGUCUGUCUCACCUACAGCAGUUUAUGCAACAUUGUUUAUAAAGGAAGGGCCUGUGCACUUCAGGGAUACUAUGAAGAAGAAUGCUAAUAUAUGGUCAUUGAGUAUUUUGUAUUGAAUAGUGUCUUUGUAUUGUAAACAAGUGUAGUGAACCAAAAGGCAUGAAGACCAAUAA